AUGUUCACUGUGUUGCGUGGCUGCUGUAUUACGCAGGUGCCGGCGCGUGUCGCGUCCUUUGGUGGGGUGGUGCACGCGGCGCGCGGCUCCCGCCUCAGCCUGCCGUGCCUCACCGUCGGCAGACCUCGGCCCGCCAUCGUCUGGACACACGGGGAGCGGCCGGUGCAGGCGUCGCAGCGGCUCCACGUGGACGACGAGUGGACGCUGCGCAUAGAGGGGGCGCAGCCGGCGGACGCCGGCAACUACUCGUGCCGCGCCGAGAACCGCCUGGGCAGCGACUCGCUGCUCUACACGGUCACCGUCCACGAGGUCAGGAACAAGGACAUUCCCAGCACACCUGAAGAUUUUCACGUGUCCUCCACGACUAUAUCUUCCAUAACUCUUGCUUGGAGGCUACCAGAAGGGGGCAAGAAGCUCGCAGCAAUUACAGACUACUGCCUGCAUUACAAAAGAGAGUUCGGCGAGUGGGAGAAGAUAAAGAUUCCUGGAACGGAGACGAGCUUCACGCUGGGGGGCCUGCAGUGCGGCGCCAAGUACCUGCUCUACCUGCAGGCAGAGGGCCGCCGCGGCGACAGCCACCCCACAGACACCAUAGUGGCGCGCACCCAGGGCGCAGGCACCAUAGGAGUCUACACCAAGGGUGCAGGUGGGCCACCCCACAGACACCAUAGGAGUCUGCACCCAGGGUGCAGAACUGAAGAUACCGGAAGUGCCAAGCAACCACCGGCACCAGUAGAAACACCAACAAAUUCAUUGAAAUGUGAUGGAGCGCUGAAAGACAGGACUAUCUUUAAGAAAUAA